AUGACAGCAAUCGGCCUGCGUCGCCGGGGCAUCAACGCAAUCAUCUAUGAGCGAGCUUCGACCUGGCACGAGGUCAGUGCCGGGUUUGCAUUCACCAGAGCAGCGCGAGAGUGGAUGGAGAUGAUCGAUCCAGCUCUCGUUGAGCUCCUGGGCAGCAUGAGCGGCAAAUCCGACGCCAGCACGAGCAACGCCUACUGGAACGGCUUUCACCCUCGGACAAACGAGGAAGCUGAAGAUGAGUCCAAGUCACUGCUCUUCCGGACGCCCACCAACAACCUCAGCUUCUGGGGCUGCGUACGAUCGCAGUUCCUCAAGGGGAUGGCGGCCAUGCUACCUGAAGAAGCGACGAUCUUUGGGAAGCAGCUUGCGGGCUACGACGAGGUCAGCGACAAAGUUAUUCUCCACUUCGACGACGGCAGCACCGCCGAGGCCGAUGUUCUGCUCGGCUGUGAUGGCAUCCAUUCAGUCACCCGGAAGGUCAUGCUAGCGGAUGAGAGCCGGGCAGGCUUCAGUCACACCGUCACAUACCGCACCAUGGUCCCCAUCGAUGUGGGCAUCAAAGCCCUCGGUCAGAAGGUUGCGAAGAACGCCUGUAACCAUCUGGGGCCAAAUGUGGACCUGCUCUGCUAUCCAGUCAUGUCCAUGACUCUGCUCAACAUCGCCGUCUUCGCUUACGAGGACUCGGAGUUUCCUGACCCCGAUAGGAUGACGGUCCAAGUGGACCGCAGCGAGAUUGCAAAGGUGUUCCAGGGUUUCAGCCCGCAGAUUGCUGACAUCUGGAAACUUUAUCCCGAGAAGGUUGUCAAGUGGGGGAUCUUUGAUCUGGAAGAUAAUCCCCCCUCGACAUAUGCCCGCGGUCGAGCCUGUCUCGUCGGCGACGCUGCACACGCCAGUACCCCAUAUAUGGGAGUGGGGGCCUGCACCGGCGUUGAGGACGCCCUUGUUAUCUGCACGCUACUGGAGUCGGUGCAGCAGCAGGCCCUUGCCGGCGAAGAGCUGAAGGAGGCGUUGGGAGAGGCGCUCCAGACGUACAGUGGAGCAAGGUUGGAGCGAGGCCGGUGGAUCCACCACCACUCGCGUCAGAUGGGCCAGAUGUACCACUGGAGGUACGGACCGACAGGCCGUGAUCCACAGCGGAUGAAGCAGAAGCUCGAGGAGAACUGGGGGAACGUGGUGACCUAUGAUGUGCUGGCGCCUCUCCAGCCGGAACUGCGUGCGUUGGCGAGGAGUCACCGAAAGUUACUGUAG